CGCGGUUUACUUUUAUCAAAGUGAUUGGAAUUUGGAGCCGUGCGAAAUGCUGGAAGAAAAUAAUUGAGAGAAAGAAACAGUGAGCUAUAUAUGGCGUCAUAACACUUAUCAGAUAUCAAGUUGGGUGGGUGUCGAUUGGUCUAGUCGUCUUCCCAAGUCAAUACCGCGUGGAGCCCAAAGAUGGCUCACAGCUGUAUGGUGUUGUCUAAGCAUGCCUCUUGCCCACUCGUUUCUCUCUGUAAAUUUCCCAAACAUUAUUGGAACUCAUACAGACAGUGUUUUGUUUCCUUUCCAUUGCAAUUUGCAAUCUUUUCCAUUGUUGAGUUGCUUCAGGAUAGAGUUCCUAAAUCAAAGAGAGUAUGGCAAAUACACUUGUUUCUGGCCUUGCCAACACCAUCUUGGGAAACUUGAGUUCUCCGGCACUGCAAGAAUUUGGGGCAGCUUGUGGCCUAAAGGAUGAGAUCCAGAAACUUAAGAGUACUUUCACUGCAAUCCAAGCUGUGCUUCAAGAUGCUGAGGCUAAGCAAACCAAGAGUAAGGCUCUGCAGGAUUGGCUGAGUAAGCUUAAGGAUGCUGCUUAUGAUGCCGACAAUAUAUUGGAUGAGUUUGAGACCGAAGCUCUCAUACGAAAGGAAGACCGUCAAAGAGGUGUGUUAAACCAAAUAAUUGCCUGCUUCACGCAUAGAAAUCCUUUAGUAUUUCGCUUAAGAAUGGCUCAUAAGGUGAAAGAUAUAAGGGAGAGAUUAGAUACCAUUGCAGAUGAGAGGGAUAAGUUCCACUUGAAAGAGGGUGUUACAGAUUCACAAGUUUAUGACAUGGAGAGAAGGCAAACCAGCUCCCUUGUGAUUGAGUCAAAAAUCUACGGUAGAAAUGAGGAGAAAGAAAUGAUAAUUAAAGAGUUGCUUGACAAUUCGAGCCAUCAGAAUGAUCUCUCGGUUUAUGCUAUAUGGGGUAUGGGGGGGCUCGGCAAGACCUCACUUUCUCAGUUGGUCUACAAUGAUCCAAGGGUAAAGACACACUUUGAGUUGAGGAUUUGGGUGUGUGUAUCUGAUGAUUUCAGCAUACAACGGCUGACAAGGGCAAUCAUUGAGUCGAUAGAAGGUGGUGGGUGCAAUAUCUUAGAGUUGGAUCCACUACAGCUACGCCUCCAAGAAAAAUUGAGUGGGAGGAGAUUUUUACUUGUGCUGGAUGAUGUGUGGAACGAAUACCAUGAUAAGUGGGAUGGACUCAAAAUUGCACUAAGGUGUGGAGCGAAAGGUAGUAUGCUUGUGGUAACCACUCGAAGUGAGAAAGUUGCUCGUAUGAUGGCUACGCUUCCAAUAUUUAACCUGAGGUGUUUGUCGGAGGAUGAUUCUUGGAUUUUAUUCGAGUCCCGUGCAUUCGAGAUUGGAAGGAGGGAGGAAAACUUGGAAACAAUCGGCAAGGCAAUAGUGAAGAAAUGUCGUGGGUUGCCCUUGGCAAUAAAGGCCCUUGGAAGCCUGUUGCGGUUUAAAAACAGCACAAGUGAAUGGUUACGUGUGAAAGAAAGCGCAAUUUGGGAUUUAGCGGAUGGUGAAAAUGAUAUCUCACCUGUCCUAAGGCUAAGUUAUAACAAUAUAUCUCCAUCUUCGAGGCAAUGUUUUGCUUAUUGCUCAAUAUUUCCCAAAGACUAUGAAAUGGAGGUGGACAUGCUGAUAGAGCUUUGGAUUGCAAACGACUUCAUUCCAUCUAAAGGAGAAACAAAUCCAUAUCUUAUGGGCCGUGGGAUCUUUAAUAAUUUGGUCUGCAGGUCUUUCUUUCAAGAUGUCAAGGAGGAUUACAAGGGUGACUUGACAUGUAAAAUGCACGAUCUGAUGCAUGAUCUUGCAAUGUCUAUUAUGAUACAAGAAUGCUACAUAAUAGAGCCUUGGAAGGAGCUGAAAAUUCCAGAAAAAGUUCGCCAUUUAUCUUUUUAUGGGAGCACCCUUUGGAUGGUUCCUCGAUACGAAGAUGUGCGAAAAGUGCAAUCUUUACGCUCCAUUGUAGUUCUAUCAUGGCACAAGAACGGGAAGGAUAUUGCUACCUACAUCUCAAAACAAAGUAAUCUGAGAGUGUUGGAGUUGAAUAACUGUUACUUGAACGAAGUACCAUCGUAA